UCCACAUCACACACGGUUCCUCUCGCAGAACUUUCCACCGCUUAUAACCCAGCUCAGGGGUGAGUGCAAACCCUAAAAGGGGUAAAAGUAAAACCAUCCUGAAAAAAAGGACUGAUCUUGGAGAAAAGAUGUUUUCGAGCCCAGGUAACACAAUUCUUCACUGCAUAGAACUAACAGGCUCCUAACCAAGAUUCCUUCAUUGUUUACUGCUGGGGGCAUUAGAAGAUUGCGCCCCAAUGCUUCCACAUCUGUUCUGCUCGGAGAUCCCAGAUCCCCUGGAUGAGGCCAACCUCAAGCUCCCACCACCCAGUGGCAGCAGUAACAUGAGGAUCCCGGUAUCCUUCACCUCGUGCGACAAGCAGAGUGAGAGGGAUUCGGACUCUGCCCUCUCUUUAGACUCCAGUGUCUUCUGCAGUGACCACCCGGCUGCCCCUAAGGACCAUUUUACCAUCAACGUCGGGGGGAGUAGGUUUGUGGUUUCCCAGCAGACUCUGUCCAGCCACCCUGAGACUCGCCUGGGAAGAUUAGCCAUCUCAGGGGGAGAGGAGGUUUACGAUCUCUGUGAUGAUGCCAACUUGUUGGAUAACGAAUAUUUCUUUGAUCGCAGCUCCCAAAUGUUUGAGUACAUCAUGAACUACUACAAGACUGGGCGACUGCAUGUCAUGGAUCAACUGUGUGCCGUGUCCUUCCUCCAAGAAAUCGAGUACUGGGGAAUAGAUGAAUUGAGUAUAGAUAAUUGCUGCAGGGACAGAUAUUUCAGGAAGAAGCUGAAAAGUGAAAGUCUUGACAUAAAAAAAGACGAAGAGGAGGUAGAGUCUGAAGAGGAGGACUUCUCUGGAGUCAUCUUCCAAAGCCUCAGGCAGAAGCUCUGGGACGUCCUGGAGAAACCUGGUUCCUCUGUAGCAGCCAAGACAUUUGGUACCCUCUCUAUGACCUUUGUAGUUGUGUCAAUAGCAAACAUGGUGCUUAUAUCAUCUGAGAUUAACACCAUAGAUCAGCCUCUGUUGAAUGUUUUGGAAUAUAUCUGCAUUACCUGGUUUACUGUGGAGCUUGUUUUGAGGUUUCUUUGUGUAAAGGACAAGUGUGGUUUCUUAAUCAGCGUUGUGAACAUUAUAGACUUUUUAGCAAUAAUACCUUUUUAUAUCACCCUCAUAGUGGAAACGUGGUAUGGGGAAAACACAGAGCUGGAAAAUGUUGGACGGAUUGUACAAAUUCUAAGGCUUCUGAGGUCUUUGAGAAUGCUGAAACUGGGCAGACACUCAACAGGCUUAAAGUCUUUAGGGAUGACAAUUGCCCAAUGCUAUGAAGAGGUUGGACUGUUGCUCUUGUUCCUCUCUGUGGGUAUUUCCAUAUUCUCAGCUCUGGAGUAUGCCGUCGAGUUCAAUGUCCCUGAUACAACAUUUACCAGUGUCCCAAGUGCCUGGUGGUGGGCAACAACUUCAAUGACCACAGUAGGGUAUGGAGAUAUCCGACCAGACACGACAGUUGGGAAAAUUGUGGCCUUUCUGUGCAUUUUAUCUGGAAUUUUAGUUUUAGCCUUACCGAUUGCCAUUAUAAAUGAUCGAUUUGCUGCUUGCUAUUUCACUUUGAAAAUGAAAGAAGCCGCACUACGUCAAAGGGAAGCUUUGAAGAAACUCAUGAAGAAUAUAAACACAGAAUCAGAUAUCAACAUUAACUUAAGAGACAUUUAUGCAAAAAGUGUAAUGGAAAUGUUACGAUUAAAAACAAGAGAACGUGCUAGUACAAGAAGCAGCGGAGGAGAUGAGUUUUGGUGA